AUGUCACUACCAGAGCAACACCAAGUCCGAUUCGAAAUUCCAAUGGAUACCAAUGAUGAAUCUCGAUAUGGAUCGGCGACAUCCAAUGCCGCCGUGGGUAACACAGCAUUUUAUUUUGGAAUUGGCGCGCCGGCGGUGCCUCCGCUGCCAAGGUUCAACUUCGGCAUGGACAUCCCCAUGUCGUCGGUGGCAUCCGCAUCCCCCACAAUGCAGCAGCCAUUCAAUUUGGGCUUGGACCUCCCACCUCGCUCUAUCCCGGCACAAGCAGAACCGCCUGCCGGCCAAGUGCUCCAGCCAUUCAAUCUGGGCUUUGACCUCCCGCCUCGCUCCACCCCGGCCCAAGCAGAACCACCUGCCAGCCAAGUGCUCCAGCCAUUCAAUCUGGGCUUUGGCCUCCUACCUUGCUCCACCCCGGCCCCAGCAGAACCACCUGCCGGCCAAGUGCUCCAGCCAUUCAAUCUGGGCUUUGGCCUCCCGCCUCGCUCCACCCCGGCCCAAGCAGAACCACCUGCCGGCCAAGUGCUCCAACCAUUCAAUCUGGGCCUUGACCUCCCACCUCGCCCCACCCCUCCCCAGAGACAACCACCUGCCGGCCCAGUCCUGCAGCCGUUUAAUUUGGGCUUUCAGCUCACCCCGCCCUCCACCCCGCCCCAGGCAGAACUGCCUGCCAGCCCAAUCCUCCAGCCAUUCAACCUUGGCUUCAACCUCAACAUCCCCAUCAAGCAGCCACAGGAGGUGGUACCGGCGGUACAAACUGGAGACCGGCAUGUGGGCUAUACUGCCGCCAAUAGGCUCAAUUCUGACCCUCCAGCAGCAUUCCAGUUCAACUGUGGGCCUCUCCCGCCCAUAGGAGAUUGGGAACCGGUGCCGAUCCGAGCACCAUCGCUGAUGCCCGCCGAUGGCCCAUCUGGUGCCAUGCCGCCAGCGCCGGUUGCACCGCCUGCAAGGAGGCCGCAGCAGCCAACAUUGGCAUCUUUAAUUGGCAAUGCCGAGCAAGCGGCGAUCGACAUCGUCAAACACCUCCAUGGAGACGAAUUUGAUUAUGUGGCAACGAUGAUGGUCGGCGGCCGCAUUCGUGCCACCGAGAACGUCCGGGACCCUAUGCCCGACGAAGUCUUGGACAGCAACCGGGUUAUGAUAUCGGCGUUCUGCGAAAACCGGGACAGGCUGACCAGGAUCUUCAAGGACAUGAUCAGCUUGCAUCAUAUGGCACAGGUGCAGGAAAGGGUCGCCCCAAUGGUGAACUCCCUAUUGUGUGAGGUGGAGAUAGCAGAGGAAUUGAUUGCCACCUCUGAUGAGUAG